AUGCCCACGGGCAAACCUGGCUCCCCGGCUCCAUCCCACCCCUCCGGGCUCCCCUCUUCUGCUCACGUUCUGCCCUUGCAGUUCCGGCUCUUGGGCAUCACUUACACGGAGGCUCUGAGCAGCAGCGCUUCAGAGAGCUACAGGCGGCUGGAGGAGGAAGUGAUGCUGCUGCUGAACCAGACGCUGUCCAUCUAUGAGACCUUCCUGCGGGCAAAAGUCCUAGAGUUCAUGAAUGGCUCGGUGGUGGUGCGAGCGCAGGCUCUGUUCCGGGGGGACGCUCCUGCUCCCACCAGCUCCCACCUCAUCCGCACCAUGGUCACGGAGGCGAGCAGAGGAAGGAGCUCCUUCAGCUGGCGGCUGGAGCCACGGUCUGUCCAGUCCGGCGGGUUCAGCCUGGAGAACCUGGCCCCAGAGAAGCUGUCCAUCUCCUUCACUGUCCUCCAGCCUGGCAGGAGCAGGACAGACCCCCUGGGGGGGGUGAUCAGCAAGGUGACAGAGUCUCUUGGUGCCCUUCACCGUGUGAGGAACUUCACUAUCACCCAGCUCAGAACCCACAGUGGGGACCUGGAGCUCACUGGAGACGUUUACCUUGACACCAUCGCCCAUGUGGAUGUUCCGGAGGCUCUGCAAGCCCUGACGGCUCUGAAAGCUUGCUCUGUGGACCUGACCUCGCUCUCGCUGGAGGGAGCCAGGCUGCACCUCCAGCUGUACCCGCUCUCCCUCCUCGUCACCAACAGACGCUUCAGUGAGGACCUCCUGGAUCCGCUCUCUGCAUUGCACCACGAGCUCAGCACGGGCAUUGGGGAUGCGGUGGCGCGAGCCCUGAGGGACCACAGGAGCUUCCUGCAAGUGCUGCUAAGAGAAUUCCUGCCAGGCUCCUUGAUCUGCCAUGGGGAUUUGGUCUUCCUGCACCCAGCUCCAACCAGUCUGGAAGUGUUGGAGGCGCUUGUGCUCUCAGUUGGGUCAAACAAGGCUUUGGCUGGUUCAGACUUCCAGGUGGAUCCGUAUUCCCUUGCUGUGGGAGAGGACACCCUGGAGCCACCCCUGCCUGAGCCGGGCUUCCCGGAGUACGGUGUGGUCAUCAUGGUGGUGUGUGGCCUCGUCAUCAUCACUGUUCCUGUCAUCUUGCUGCUGUGCUUGAGGACCAAGAGGCUGAGCUGGUGGCACGUGGAACCUCUCUCGGACAGAAGAGACCCUGAAGCAGGGAUCCAGACCCUGGAAAUGGAUAGCCAAGGCUUCUGGGCAUCCUCUGAGCAGCUCCCGCCCCGUGGAUACCCCGGCUCCCAGCAGUGCUGGUCUUCGAACGAGGCGGGAAACCAGCGGCCGGACGCUACGCCUCAGCCGGGGCUGCCCCACCCGGACCCGCCCCUCACCCCGGCCGGCCCCCGGCGCCGCGGCCCAGCUCCGAGCUUCGCUUUCAGGCCUCUCUCGGGGGCUGACACCGUCCCUAAGCAGCGCCAGCCCCGCACGGGGUGGACACCGCCGACAGCCCCCGGCCCCACGGGGAGCGUCGGGGAUCGGGGACAGCAGCCCCCGCCGGGGAGUGGCCUCGUCCCACCUCAGCACUCAAGCUUCUUCGUACACACCGCGUACACACCACAGCUCAACAGCAACAGCUUUAUUAUUGACCCUGCCCGACCCAGACCACCAACCUCCCCCCUCCCAGGCCGCGAUCCCCCCGAACCGCCAUCACCUCGCACACCCCCCGCGGCACUGAGCAGCGGCUCGGCUACACACACAGCGGGCAGAGGCAGGUGUCCCUCCGCCCCACGCCCGGCGCCUCUCCCUGCUCACCGACGCGGCCUCCGCCUCCGCCUCCGCCUCCGCCUCCGCCUCCGCCUCCGCCUCCGCCUCCGCCUCCGCCUCCGCCUCCGCCUCCGCCUCCGCCUCCGCCUCCGCCUCCGCCUCCGCCUCCGCCUCCGCCUCCGCCUCCGCCUCCGCCUCCGCCUCCGCCUCCGCCUCCGCCUCCGCCCUUCCUGA